ACUCCCACAGAUCAAAACUAGCACUUCCUCAAAGCAGAGACAUUUACAUAAAACACAGCAAAAGAAGGACCGCUUGGAAGCAGAUUGUAGUGUAUACUAGAUGGAAAAGCAUAAUGGAUGUAAAAGGGAGAGAGCUGAUGGUUGUCAGGGCCAUGGACUGGAUGAAAACAAUUGGAAAGGAAAGUGGGAAAGAUUUAGAGAUGAAGAGAGCUGCGCACUGUUGGUGUGGUUUGGAAUCAGCCAUGACUAUGAGGAGCUUGCUCUCUGAUCACAGCCACUAUGUUGAAUCUUUUCGUCUGUUCCUUGAGAAUUCAACAGAACAUCAGUGCAUGAUGGAAUUCAUUCAGAAGAAGCUGCCAGGCAUAAUAUCCAGCAGAUUUUUCCAGCAUGACAAAAGGCACAGUAUUACGACUGUCUCCCCUGGGAACAAAACAGAAGUGCUUCGAGGGCAUAUGGAGAGUAUAGGUGAUGGAAAAUCCCAAAUAAAUGUGUUAAGUGUUGGGGGUGGUUCAGGAGAAAUUGAUCUUCAAAUUCUAACAAAGGUACAGGUUAAUUAUCCUGGCGCUGUCAUUCAUAAUGAUGUAAUAGAACCAAGUGCUGAACAAAUAACAUGCUACCAAGAACGUGUUGCAAAGACAUCAAGCCUUGAGAACAUAAAGUUUACUUGGCACAAGGAGACUUCACUGGAAUACGAAGGUCGAAUGAAGGCAAGCAAAGAGAUGAAGAAGUGGCAUUUCAUUCACAUGAUCCAGAUGCUGUAUUAUGUAAAAGACAUCCCAGCUACAAUUGAAUUCUUUCACAGCCUCUUAGAACCUGGAGCAAAACUCCUCAUUAUCCUUGUUUCAGGAUGUAGUGGCUGGGCCAGGCUUUGGAAGAAAUACGGCUCUCGUUUACCUCUGAAUGAUCUUUGCUUGUAUGUUUCCUCUGCUGACAUUGAAGAGAUACUUGAUGGAGCUGGGCUGAAGUACCAGUCCUAUGAGCUUCCAUCCCAUAUGGACAUAACAGAUUGCUUUACUGAAGGAAACAAAAAAGGGGAGUUGUUGCUUGAUUUUUUGACUGAAACUUAUAAUUUUAGUAAAACAGCCCCUCUUGACCUAAAAAAUGAAAUUGUUGAUGAUCUCAAAAAGCUUGAAUAUAGUGAAAAGAAAGGUGAUAAGUAUUUAUUUAAUAACAACCUGAGCGCAAUUGUGAUUGAAUCCUAAACUAGGUUAUCUGGAUUUCUCCAGGAUAACCAGUUAACAAAAUGAAUGAUUGGAUAACCGGUUAAAUAUCUUAAUAGGAAUAUCUGUGCAUAGGAUAAAACCAUUUCUGGCUUCUAAUCAUUGCUUAAAAGCAUUGCUAUGUAUUCAAAAUAUUAUGUGUUAGUGGUUUACUAACAGAUGCAUUCAUAACUUGCUGAGUCACAUGUUGCCUUUAUCCCUGUGCAUUGUCUCUUGAGCUGGAUAUCGUGUGGAAGAUCAUUAAUCAAAACUUGAAAAAUCACAAGUCUACAUGUCUCUGAUUGAUGAAAAAGGUGCUAUAACAACCUUGAAAAGAAGAAUCCCUUUUGGCUGCUUUAGUAGUCCCUAUGAUUUCUAAGCUCUGCUAGUAUCAUAGCAGCAAAAAGAUUUCAAAAGGUGAAAUAUUUAGAUCCACUUGUGUGGCAUAUAAGUUAUAUUUACAUAUCUAGAAUUCUUCUGUCAGGGCUGGAGUAGACUUAGAUGGCAUGACAGACUAUUGCACCAUUGAAGAACUUUAAAAUGGUUCCAUGUUUAUAAAGAAAAGUGUUGCAAUGUGGUUAUACUAGAAAAAAGAGCUUUUUCCCUCCUCCUGAACAGAACAAUGUAAUUAUGUGCCAAUUUGCAUGCCCUGCCCUUCAGUGGUAGGUGACAUUUCAUAUGGAGGUGACAUUUUCUAUCUUGGAAGUUCACAGAAAGGGACACUCACGGGAGGAGAGGAGCAAGGUAUUGUUCUGUAAUAUAAUAAACAUCAAUUCAGCUAGUUGAUCCUGGUAUGGCUUAACCCAUUCCUUUGGUUAAUUCUUGUAAAUUCUGCCCAUUGAAGCUUCAGUGUUUUAAGACCAUGAAUAGGAAAACAACAGGAAAGAAAAAGAACAUACCAUAAGGACAUAACACUGGAUAAUAUGAUUGUUGGAGGUAACAGAGUGAUGCAAUUAUCUUUAAUGAGCUUUUUAAACAAGAAUGCCACAAUAUCAUGUUUCAAAAGUAAUGAAGUGAAUGGGAAUAACAUGUAUAUUGUUUUAAUGAAUAACAUUUUGUAGGUAUUUUGUUUAAAUUACUUUUAAAAGGCAUUAGUAGAGAUAUUUGGAAGUGGCACUUUUCACAUUAUCCCAUUCUCUUUGAAGUAUUUUUUUUAAAAAAAACAACAAAAAAAAAUUAAAGAAAACGAAUUCAUUAUGGAAAGAGUAAUAGGAAGGAAGAAGAGCAUCUAUCUCAUGAAGACACAACACUGGAUAAAAAAAAGAACCAAAAAAAGUAACAGAGCAAUGGAAUGAGUUAUUUGUUGGUUGUAGUUAUGGUAAUACAUUCCUUUUGUGAGAGUUUCAUGGUGUAUCAUAUUACAAAAUACUUUUCAAUAGUAACAUUCCAAGCUGUUGAUAAUGGUCUAAAUCUCAUUCCGGACUUCAACAGAAUCAGGAGGGGAGGAGUGAUCUUUUCUUUCCGCAGAAGCCUACCUCCCAUGAACACAAAAAACCUGAGGGAAACUCUCAUGAGUCAGAUAUCGUGUGGCAUUGAGAACUCUUAUGGCAGAGGGAUGGGGGAAGAGUAUUGUGCUGGUAUUACACCAACAUUAGAUUUAGCACAAUAUGAAACUAGUCUGCAUUUAAACUACUAUUUCUCAUCUUUAACCCUUGUUCACUUAACCAUGUUCUCUAGUGAGGAGUGUAGAUACAGGGAAAAGGCAGAUGCCUCCCAUUUCACUGUCUCCCUGCUUUGUUGUGUCAGUAAUCAAGAUUUGCAUGUUUUAUUUUGCCCAUGACGUAAAAUCUUUCCAAAGAUUAAAAGAGAGAGAGAGAGAGAGAGAAGACAGGAUGAUGGCUUCUGUAUAGUCACUUGAUUGACUAAUGUAGGGUAGUUAAAGCUAUGGCUCAUCUACUCCAUUCCUCAAAAUGAAACAUGUGUUGUUCAGAUCAGUGUAUAGCAAAAGGAUGUGAUUUAAGAUGAUCCGUUGGCAAUGACAUUCACAGUUUUUGCACAGGCAAAAUGACAUUAGUACUUCCUGUCAGCUUCCCAAAUGUAGGAAGAAGCGGAUUAACAUGUGAGCAAGCUUAUAUGUGCUUCAGAACAAUUUGCGAUUUAAAAGAUAUAGGCCACAUUUUUGCCUUGAAUGUGUUGAAUUUUGUAAUGUAGUAUUGUUAACAGACACAAUCCACAAUUUAGUGCUAAAAUAAAAACUACCUGUUUUCCAGGA